AUUAGUGCUAGCGAAAAUAAUGGGCGAAGUAACGUUUUCUCAGACUAACCGCAAGGGAAAAGUGUUGAUUUACAAUGGAUAUGAGUAUAUUGAAUCGUGGAAACGGGGAGAUGUGAGAACGGAGCAGUGUCAAAACUGGCGUUGUAGAGAGAAGGACCAGUGUAAUGCUCGCCUGCUUUAUGUUAAUGGAAAAGCCACCGAACGCGACCAACACUCCCACGCUCCGGACGUUGUAAAGGUCAGAGCAAAGUCGGCAAGGCAGGUUCUGAAAGCCCGUGCAGCGACAACACUGGAAAGACCACGGCAGAUAAUUGACGAAAUUCGCGCCGAUAUUCCGCUUACCGUGGCCGUUAAAAUGACAUCAUACGAUGCCCUUGCGCAGACCGUUGUACGUCAAAGGAAGGCGGCUGGUAUUCCCGCGACACGUGUCAACACUCUCGCAGAUAUUGAUGGAGGCUACUUUCUGAAAGAAAAUACGCGUGGGGAGUCGAUUCUUAUUGCUGAUACCGGACGGGAAGAUCAGCACAGAAUCAUUGUAUUCGGAGACCCUAAAUGUAUUGAUCACCUUGCAAACGCAGCUGUUGGGCUCAGUGACGGAACUUUCAGCGUGAGCCCGCCCAUCUUCUCACAGCUGUACACUGUCCACGCGAAUGUAUGUGGAGCGGCAACACCUCUCAUAUACGGAUUGCUUCCUAAUAAAUGCGAGCUAACAUACCGCCGAUUUUUCAUCAUCAUUCAUGAUCUGCUGCUGGGAAAAAGGCGACCGGGUGCGAUUGGGCCGGAAUAUAUGCUCAUGGAUUUCGAGCAGUCCUCAAUUAUCGCAUUUCGAGCUGUUUUCCGGUGUCAAAAUUAAGAGGUUGCAAUUUUCAUUUUGGGCAAAGCGUUUACCGAAAACCCGUCAAUCUGGGGCCUGCAUAUGCCACUGAUCCAGAAUUCAGCUUGUGUUGUCGCAUGCUUCUCGCACUGGCAUUUGUCC